AUGACAUUAGGGAAAGUAUUACGUAUAGCCAUUCCUACUACGGGUGUUGUUACUGCUUAUGUAUUGAGUAACAAUGAUUUCGGUUUCCGAACUGCAUUGAACAAAGCUAUAAACCCGGCGGAUAAGGCGGCGUUCGAUAGGCAUUUUCCUCGAGGAAAGUGGGAUGAUAACUGGGAUUUCCGUGAUCCAUAUCAUUUGAUUGAUCCAGUCAAAUAUGAACAAGCUGACGAAGUGGAGAAGAAGAAUCUGAUUAAGGAAAAUACUGCCACUGCUUCUCGUCACCUUUUGCUCAUUCGACAUGGUCAGUAUAAGAUGGACACACCAGAUAAAUUUCUAACAGAAUUAGGUCAGGAGCAAGCUAAAAUUAUUGGUCAGAGGUUAGCAAAGUCCACUAUCAAUUUUGACAGAUUGGUGAUGUCAACUAAGAAUCGAGCAACAGAGACUGCAAAUAUUAUCCUCAAAGAGUUACCUCCUCAAUUGAAAAGAAUAUCUUGUUCUCUUCUUGAAGAGGGUCCUCCUUAUCCACCAGUACCAGAGCUAUCGACGUAUCGUCCUUCUCACUCGGAGUAUUUCAUCGAAGGCUCUCGCAUAGAAUCUGCUUUCCGUCGUUAUUUCCAUCGAGCUUCACCUGAACAAACUACUGACUCCUAUGAAGUAGUUGUAUGCCAUGCCAACGUCAUCCGGUAUUUCGUUUGCAGAGCACUUCAAUUUCCUCCGGAAGGGUGGCUCAGAAUAUCUUUGGGAAACUGCAGUUUGACAUGGGUGACUGUGAGACCUAAUGGACGUGUGUCAUUGAAAAUGAUGGGAGAUGUUGGUCACCUUCCUGUUGAUAAGAUUUCGUACUCAUAA